GUUAAUAUAUAUUCUAAAUACAAGAUGAGCAUCCAAUAGUUUCCAAAUUAUUACCCUUAUGUCUUAGAACCUCAAGUGCCAUUUUAGGGAGAGAUCGAACAACAAAGUAUGGCAAUGAUGCAUUAUUAAUACAGAACAAAGCUCCAGUUCAAAUUACAAUGAGUUUAACUUUAUCCAUCAGAAUUUUCAUCCUUCUGCAUACCCUCAUUAUUAAUUCGAGUACGUUCAAGACCACGAAAUCCCAAGUUAAAUAAAGAAUAAAAAAAAUAAAAAGAACAAGUAAUUAAAUUAUGUAUUGACAACAGGUCCAACGAUCAAAAGGGGUUGUUGCCCAAAACCUUGGAAUCAGAAAAACAAGUGGUCGAUGAUCUUUAACAAAUGGCCGUGUAAUAACAAGGGGAGCAGAUGUAAUUUACAAAAUUAAUUGAUUCAAGGCUAAAGCCAAUAACUCCUUACACAGUUCUACAUUUCACUCAGGGGAGUCCAAUGCCAAAGCUCCAAUCCGAUUUAGUUUCUAACCAACAAAAUGAAGGGGCAGUAUCACAGGAGGGUUCUCAAUAAACAUAAAAGUAGAAAGGAUAGAAUCUAUUAACUAAGAAACCUAAAAAAGAGAAUGUAAAUACUGGCCAUUGGUCAACUGAUGAACAUACCACUUAUAUCCAAUUUCUGCAAUAGUAUGAGAAUAUCAUGACAUCUUCAAUGAUGAAGAAGACAUCCAAGAUAUUCAAAUAGAUGAGUGAAUUGAUUGGAACCAGAACUCCUAGUUAAUGCAGGAGUCAUCAUUAGAAAUUUAAUCCCUACGCAUUGAGAGGAGAAAACGGCAAGCGCCUACCAAGAAGUGAAAGGAGUCGAGCAGGCAGAAAAAAGAAGAACCCACAAUCCGAUUUGCCUAAGGCAGGUAUUGAAUAUCAAUUAAUAGAAGAGGAAGCCAAUUUGAUUCUAAAUUAUGAAGCAGCCGAUCCUUACUAUCUUAUGUUUUUAGAGCAAUAGAAAUACUACUACGCAGGUUUACAUUAGGAUUACUGGAACUAAGGAUAGGAAAUAGAAUAGAACCACAAUAUUAAGAAAGAGGAAGAAGUCGAUCAUUUACAUCAUGGAUAAAUGUAAUAGCCAGAAUUUGAUGAAUAUUUAAGAUAUAGUUUCCAAAGAAACUUAAAUCAUCAGGAUUACAAUUUUGAAGUUAGGAAUUAGACAAUAAAUGAUUUAUUAAUAUGA